AUGGCAGACCAGCACGAGGUUGAUCUCGAUUCCAUAAUCGACAGACUGCUCGAGGUUCGAGGCAGUCGCCCCGGCAAGCAGGUUCAGCUGCUCGAGGCCGAGAUCAGAUACCUCUGCACCAAGGCCCGUGAGAUUUUCAUCUCCCAGCCCAUCCUCCUCGAGCUCGAGGCGCCGAUCAAGAUCUGCGGCGAUAUCCACGGCCAGUAUUACGAUUUGCUGCGACUCUUCGAGUACGGCGGUUUCCCUCCCGAGGCCAACUAUCUCUUCCUCGGCGAUUACGUCGAUCGUGGCAAGCAGUCGCUCGAGACCAUCUGCCUCUUGCUCGCCUACAAGAUCAAGUACCCCGAGAACUUCUUCAUCCUGCGGGGCAACCACGAGUGCGCUUCCAUCAACCGAAUCUACGGCUUCUACGAUGAGUGCAAACGCCGUUACAACAUCAAGCUGUGGAAGACCUUCACCGACUGCUUCAACUGCCUCCCCAUCGCCGCCAUCAUCGACGAGAAGAUCUUCACCAUGCACGGCGGUCUGAGCCCCGACCUGAACUCGAUGGAGCAGAUUCGCCGCGUCAUGCGACCGACGGAUAUCCCCGACUGCGGCUUGCUGUGCGACUUGCUCUGGUCCGAUCCCGACAAGGACAUUACCGGUUGGAGCGAAAAUGACCGCGGUGUCUCCUUCACCUUUGGCCCCGAUGUCGUCUCCCGGUUCCUGCAAAAACAUGACAUGGAUCUCAUCUGCCGCGCCCACCAGGUCGUCGAGGACGGGUACGAGUUCUUCUCCAAGCGCCAGCUCGUCACCCUCUUCAGCGCGCCCAACUACUGCGGCGAGUUCGACAACGCGGGUGCGAUGAUGAGCGUCGACGAGAGCUUGCUCUGUUCCUUCCAGAUCCUCAAGCCUGCUGAGAAGAAACAAAAGUACGUCCACGGUGGUCUCGGGAGCGGAAGCAAACCAGUCACUCCCAGAUUCAAGUCCAAAUGA